AUGCGUCUUCCAUAUGUCUCAGAUCCUCCCGAGUUCGAAAAUGAAGCCGACAAGGCCGUUGUUGGGCGAAUCUUGCAACGCCGAGGUGACAAAGGUCUGAUAGCGUUAGACCGAACGCUCCUCCAUGCUCCGCCUGUAGCGGAUGGCUGGAACUCUUUCCUCGGCGCAAUCCGUACUGCGACCAGUCUCUCGGCCUCCGUCCGCGAAACAGCCAUAUGCCGCGUCGCCGUACUAAACAAAGCAUGGUACGAAUGGGAAUCCCAUUCGCCCAUCUUGCGCGACGCGCCAGAAAUCUCCCCAGAGCAUGUCGACGCCGUAUUACAAUCCCCGCCUCGCCAGGUCAAAAACAGCAUACAAGACGAAAAACACGCAGCUGUGAUGGCCUACACAGACGCCAUGACACUCGAUGUCCAGGUUCCAGAUGAUGUUUUUGAGAAAUUGAAGAAGCAUUUUAGCGACAAAGAGGUGGUGGAGAUCACGGCGACGGUGGCGGCAUACAACUGCGUGAGUCGCCUCCUUGUAGCACUCGAUGUUGGAGAAUGCAACAAGCAGGAGGGUCCCGCAAAGGAGUGGACGUUGUAAGGGGCUUGAAGAAGACGACACCAGUACAUACCUCUUCGCAGUCAAAUCAACAUCCAAUAGUACCCAUUUCAUGUAUCCAAUGCUGCCGCCUACCACCUCAUUCAAAAACAAACCUUCAUCAUCGCUUCACAUACCGACCCCCCACACUGCAGACCAAAACCCAAAACAUCCCCCCGUCCGUUCAUUCCUCACCCACUCACUCACUCAUUCCACACAGCGAAAAAAAGAAUUGCGACGUAGGCAGGAUUCGAACCUGCGCUCCCGAAGGAACAAGAUUUCUAGUCUUGCGCGAUAACCACUCCGCCACCACGCCCGCAAAUUGAGCCACCUGCCAGAAUC